AUGGCAGGCUGUUUUUUCUCCUUUCAACUUAGGUUCUUUCUGGCUUGGGCUGCCUUGGGAACGUGGCUGGAAAACAUCGUAACUGCAAAUCAAGGUAAAAAAAUCAACUAGUUUCCUAAUGAGAGGGUGUCAAUCUAGCGUCUAACGUUGAGUUUUCGUUGUCUUAACCGUACCAAUACGAUCAAAACAGCAGAUAGUUUGUGGAGAGGAGCAUUGACCGUUAAACUGAACGAAUUGCAACCUGUUGGAGAGGUAGCUUCUAACCCAGUCCAGAGCCACGCCACGUAUAUCAUAGUGUUCGAGUUUGUCAAGCAGAAUAUUAUGAUCGACGGUGUCAAAGGCCUUAGAAAGAUCAAGGAAAACGCCAACGACAUGUUCAUUGCGAUCAAGAGCAAAUAGGGAGAUUUUUUCAUAUAGGUCAAUCAAUGCUAACGAAGUUGGGAACUUCCCUGAUUCGGGAAUCCGACUUCCCUUUUCAUUGGGCGAUAGAGGAAUGAAGCAGUCCCAUGUUGUGGAACUUAUAAACUAUUUUGAACAACUCUCUCUUUGUAGGUUGCAGCCAAAAUCGACGCCUGAAGUUUUCUCCUCCAGUAAAAGACAAUUAUCUUCAAGGGCACGUCUUCUUUAAUAUUUCUUUUGAAGCCCACAUAUCAUGUGAAGGAGAAUGUCUUCACCGGAAAGAAUGCGUGGCAAUUAACAUUGGUCCAACAAUUAAAGGCAUUAAGGUCUGCGAGUUGUGUAACUCAGAUCACCUACAGCAACCAAGUGAUUUGAAACCAAGACGCGGCUGGACAUAUAGGGGAACAGAGGUAGGCUGAAUUAUAAAUUAUUUGUUACCAGCGAUAGUGCUGUCAUAAUUAUAGAGAUAAUAAUGAUAAGAGUUUAAGAAGGCGAUGAUCUAGCUUGUAUAAUGUUAUAGUGAAUAUUACGAUGAUGAUGAUGAUGACGAUGACGAUGACGAUGACGAUGACGAAGCCGACGCCGACGCCGACACCGACGCCGACGCAGAAAAUCUUGAGGAGAGGGAAGUUGACCAAGAUGGUACUUAAAAUUUUUAUAAAGUGAUGAUGACCAAGAGAGAAAAUAGCUCGUUCUCUCUUGUGAUGACAUAUUUAACGAAGAAUUUAUUGAGCAGGAAUUUCUGAAUUGCUACACUUAAAUGCCAAAAAUACCUGGUACGUGGUUUUUAGUAGUCCAGUUUAUGGUGCUUUUGGCCUACAAGCCAAGAUCAGCCAAGUUUUUAGCACAAAUUCUCCUUGAACUGCUUUGCCUCAAUUAAAACCAGCAAUGGCCCCAGCGAGACUGCAACAAAGACGUAUAGGUUUAGCAAAACAACCGGCAGAAAAGACCUGACCGGUCUAUGAAAAGGCAAGGAUGUCUCUGUGGCUAUGAAGAUGAGGCAAGUCAGGAUCCUUGAGUGAAUGUCAUCAGUGUUUCAUAUGGAGCUGAUGUUACAGGACUCCAUUUUUGGCAACAAACAUUUUAGGUUCUAGAAACUGUCAAAUUACUUAAAUAUGCAAACUCAUAAGACAAACAAUCCCUUAAUUAACUAGUGUUUAUUAUGGGGGAGAUGGACUGCUGAUAUUUUUAUAUGUCAACAGUUUAUCUUUCCGAUAUCAGCUGAAUCAGCAGUUUGCAUUGGUUUUCCUUUAUAAUUAAUUUCUGCCUUUAGAGGCAAUUGCAUAUGUUAAUGAUGGAAAGCCUACAUAAUCUGAUAGUAUAAAAGUAAAGGAAAUCUGUAGUCAAAAGGAGAGAAAGAAAAAGAGAAGCAAGCGAAAGAAAGAAAAACAAGGAUCGAUUUCAUCUCCCGUUUUCCAUUAAAGCGUCGGUUUUUUGAGUUUUUCAGGCAAAAUGGUCGCAUAUCAAGAAUUGUUUUCCGUAGUGACGCUACUUAACGAGCUCAGCGCAAGCAAAACGACAAAGGAAACGAGAAAAAUAAAAAGAGAAACAGGUUUAAUAAUAUAAACAAAGCAAAAACUUGAACGUGCCGUACACUUUUCGGCAGAUUUUUUUCAUCAUUGCACGACUAACGUUGUCAAACUUGAAUGAAAUGGCAAUGCAAUUGUCGCUUUAACCCUUUCACUGCCAAACGUGGCCAAGAGCGAAAUUCAACAAAAAUUUCCAAAUUUUAUUUUAAAAUUUUGAAAAACAAAUAGUACCAUGUAAAAGUACAGUUAGAAAGGUUUCUUUUGAAUGGUCAUACCACAGGUUUUCAUCCACAGACUCAAAAGUUAGGACCACCUUACAAAACUCUUUUAUUCACUCUGGCAGUGAAAGGGUUAAUCUCUAUGAUCGUCUCUUCAACAGCGGCGAUCGUCGUGACUUCGAUAUCGUCGGAAAUAGCCAGAGGCUUAAUUACGUACCUAGACUGCAAAACAGUCGGGCUUUUUGCUCCAGUUCCCUUCUCGGCUGGUUCGCUCUCUCGAGCUCUGUCAAGCCUCGAUUUGACAGACUGAAAAGGGAACUGCUCGAAGUCUACAAUAUAAUAUAAUAGUAAAAUGUCAUUAAGUCUAAAUUACGCUCUUUUUUCACUAGAAUAUUUGUGUGUACAAACCUUGCUUGAACAAUGGAAAGUGUUUUCUUGGAUAUACGGACAAGAAGUUCCUUUGCGAAUGCCAGUCUGGUUACACGGGAAAACUCUGCGAAACAGGUGAUUAUGUGGCCAUCAAACGCAGACAUAUUCAGUCAUGUUUUCGAUUGUGUGCGCCACAAAGAAUACUUUUUUACAGAAACAAACUGUUAAAACGUCUACGUCUACGUCUUUCAUACACGGAAUCGCCAGCUAGUAAACUAGAAACUUACCGUGGCCCGUUGCUUCGAGAUCCUGCCAGGUGGUUAGAAAAACGAAAGUGUAUCCUACCCAGAAAUACAGAACAAGUGAAUGUUGCUUAAUAAGAAAUAAUCAACGUUGUCGGGGUUAGAAAACAUCUGUGCCCCCCCCCCCCCCGGGAGGCGUGGGUCCGCAGCAAAGUUUUAUCCUGGAAAGCUCCGCCUUGAGGUUAACCUGAGAUCAGGUUCUAUUUUCGUUUCGCUUUGAAAAUAACAUUCUGGCGGGCAAGGCGAAACAAAAAGCGGUAGCCGUUAGAGAGAAUGUAUGAGAACCGCUAAAAUUGAGCCUGGUCUCAGGUUACCUUGAGGGCCAGCUCCUUACCCUUCUAUAUAAUAUUUUUUGAGAGAAAAGGUACCCCUCCCUUACCCAGUACCUUCCACUGACAAAUGGUACCUCUUUCAAAUACCUCGUUUGGAACUUUAUCAUUUCUUUUAGCUGCUGUAAAUAUACUGUCUUUAAACUGUGAAUAAAUCACAAAACUGACCAGGAAAUUUUCUCGACUUUUUGACAGCCAUAAAAUCCUUAGCAAAGUUUUAUCUUGCGAAGCUCCGCUUUGAGGUCCAGCUCCUUACCUUUCUAUAUAUUUCUUUUGAGAGAAAAGGUACCCCUGGCGUUCCUUACACAGUACCUUUAACGGACAAAUGGUACCUCUUUCAAAUACCAAGUUUAGAACUUUUCAUUACUUUUAUCUGCUCUAAAUGUACUGUCUUUAAACUGUGAAUAAAUCAGAAAACUGCCCAGGAAAUUUUCUCGACUUUUUCACAGCCAUAAAAUCCUUCUGUUAGCCCUUUUAGGUCUUUUUACAGACCGAAAUGACACAGAUUUCUCCACCCUCUCACAUACUUCAACUAUUGAAAUCCUAACCCUUUCAUCCACCUGAAGUCUGGAAAAGGUACCCCUUUUGCAAUUUGGGCGAAGCUUCCCCGUAUAAGCCAUUACAGGGGGUACCCCCCGGGAUUUAUUCUUGCUCUUCUCUGAAUGAGUGAAACAAUCAGUCUUCCCUGAAGAAAUCAGGAUGCUAAAAAAUUGAUAAUUUUCUUGCGUUGAAUGUCUAGGUUUAUAAACGAUGUACGAGGUUGGUUGCUUGUAUUGUUUUCUUUUCUUUUUUUUACUCCGGUGAAUUAAGGAAUGGGUCCUCGUUACAUGCGGAGUUUUAUGACUUGAUCUUGUUUUUUCCAGUAUCCUCCUUUAUUUUAAUCUUAGACCGCUGUGUUUAAGACCAGAACCACUUUGGACCUUAAACGCUCUUUUUUUAGAUCACGUGACCAGCCGCGCCCAUAAUUAUACAAAAUUUCGACUUUGCAGAUUACACCAGUUUACUGAAUGUGACCACAAUCGUUUUUCCUUCCAUAAUAUUUCAUUUUACAGUCAAAUAAGCUAAAUUAAUCGGGGAUUUGUGAAAUGAUCCAUUCCUUCGUAAUUAUCAGAUAUUUUUCUCUCGUCCCAGUCUCUCUCUUAACAAGAAACGUUAUAGUUUACAAAACGUAGAUAAUUUAAGAAAACCCCGAUUAAUUCCAUAAACUUUGUGUCAAUAGUCAUGGACAAAAAGUGAAUUAAAUUACAAGUGUUAUUUAUAAAGUGGUGUAAAUUUGGAUUGAAAUAAAAAGUCAAAAAUGGGUGUGACAAGUCACGUGACACAGAUAAUACAUUAGUAAUAGUGAAAAAUGAAUGCUUGUGGGGAGUAGAUAUUGAAUUUAAAAUAUUAAUGCGAAAGGUAAAAUCCCUACUAAAACAGACCACCCCCCCUCCAAAUUUGCAGUGCCUAAUUCCUCAAUUCACCGGAGUAGACCUGGACGAAUGCAAGGAUAAAACUCAUCAGUGUGACGUAAAUGCGAACUGUACCAACAUUCCUGGCUCAUAUAACUGCACGUGUAGGCCUGGCUACACAGGAAAUGGGAGCAUUUGUAAUGGUAUAAUUAGCUAUCCAAGCCUUCACUUCAUUUUUCUGCAAGUAGUUUAGUCUUCUUUGUAAAUUAAUAUUUAAAUUUCUACUCCCUCCAGAAAUUGAUGAAUGCAAGGAUGGAAGCCACGACUGUCACAUAAAUGCCAACUGUACCAACAUUCCUGGCUCUUACAACUGCACGUGCAGGCCUGGCUACCAAGGCAAUGGGAGCAUUUGUAAAGGUAAAACUUGCUGAUAAAUGUCAUAAUAAGACUUAAUUUAUAUUCAUUUCUUGUUUUUUUCGUUUCCUUACUCAGACAUCAAUGAAUGCGAAAAGGGAAGCCAUGAUUGUCACAAAAAUGCGAAUUGUACAAACACAGCUAGUUCUUACAACUGCACGUGCAGGCCUGGCUACACAGGCAAUGGGAGCAUUUGUGAAAGUAAAAAUUUGGGAAGACCUUGGAUAACAAUGACCUCAACCAGCGCUGGGGUCAAUUUAAUAAAACUUUUACUCGUGUAAUUUACAAGUGUAGCUUUUGUUCUCAGACUCUAAAACAAUAGCUAUGAGUUUUAUUAAAUUGACCCAAAGUUGUGGCGUCCAGUGGUUUUAGUAAAAACAAGGGUUUAGGUGGAAAGCUCAGUCUCGCGGGCUCAUAAAACGUAGUCUCGGUCAUUCUUAUUGACACGCCUUUAUAGAGUCGGGGCUUAUAGCUCCCUUUGGUAGUACUCCCUUUGAUACUCUUUCCCUAAUUACACUUACACGGCUUAAAAAACCAAGAUGGUCACCUGCUACAGCACUAAGCGCUCGAUCUCAGCGAUCUUAGGGAAGCAGGGUUGAGUGCAAAAUCUUUCUUGUGAAAAUGACUUUUAUUUGCAUGAGAAUAAAAAAUCAUUUUCAUAUCACACUUAGCCUCGCUUGGAAAUAGAGGCUUAGAGCAACUGUUGGUUCGUAAUAUACCCGGGAAAGAUUACAGGCGCGCUUUCUAACGGUAGAGCAGUUUUGGAUUAGUGACUGCAUAUAUGCAAAAGAAGUGAGGAACCUAAACGCAGAGCUCAAGUUCAGUUGGAGGAUUCUUGAAAGCAAAUGAGCCGCAGUAUUUAGUAAGAAUUGUCGCAAGCAUUCGUGAUAAUAAAUUUAACUGUUUUCAUAUACGAGCCUCUCUAUUGGCGAGUAACUGCGGACGUCGUUUUCGUCGCCCUUUUCCCAUCAAAUCGUCGGCUUUUCAACGAAAUCGUCGCAUAUCAAUAGUUGUUUUGCAUGGUAACGCUACUAGGGAGCUCGAACAACCACAAUGACGGCAAUGUAACGUGAAAAUAAAAAAAAGCUGAAGCAUACAACAGGUUUGACUGAUAAACAGAAAAAAAUACCUGAACGUGCAGCACACUUUUUGGCAAUUUUGCUUGCCAUUGUUGCACGAGUGACGUUGUCAAACUUUAUUGAAAUGGCAAUGCGAUCGUACCUUUAGCCCCCGUCCAGACGUAUCCGGGUAUUUUUGAAUCCGCAAAUUUUUCUUUGCGGAUUCAAAAAUUUGCACGUCCACACGUAUCCGUAUUCAAAUCGAAUUUGCCCGUCCACACGUAUCCGGAUUCACUCACAUGCACAGUUCGUCAGCUAAUUUGUAAAGCGAUCUUCGACUCACGUGAAAAUUUUAAAUCGCCAGUCUGUUUCACUGAUAAAAUUGUCCCAUCAAGCACUAUAUUUCAAGAUUUCUUUUUUAAGGUGGUCUUAGUGCAUCAAGUAUUCUUGGCAACGACAGUAGGUACUUGGAGAAUUUGAAGUUGUUUUUAGAGCCCGUGAUCAAUAGCUCAGUCCGUAGUAGGUUUGUGAGGUGUUGGCACGCUAAAGAGGACGGCUGGGCGGCGUCUACGUUCCACGGCAACUGUGAUGACAAGGGACCUACUGUAACUAUCAUUCAAGUCGGCAGUUUUAUAUUUGGUGGAUACAGUGGCGUAUCAUGGAAAGUUCCUGGUGAGUACAUGUACCAGGAGAAUUAGGACUUGUUUUUUUUUGGUUUGCUAACAAUGAAGAACGAUAAAGUGGUACAGCGGCUUUUGGCUUGAGUACAUGUACUGUUAAAAAAGGGAGGGAUGUUUUUCUGCUUACGUACAACUCAAGGCGAGAAAGUAAUUCCUUAGCAAUCAGAAUUGGUCAUUUUCAUGAUGACGUCACUUGAUACAACUACCAGAAGAUGGUUUUUCUCUAAUUCACCAUUUAAAUAACAAUUAUUCACCGAAGUGGAGGUGGCUAUCCACGACUAGCCACCGACACUGAGGUGAAUAAUUGUUUUAGUAUAUACUAAAACAGUGAGAUAAUUGAGCACAAAAAUGAUGAUUUUUAACUCAAAUACUGUUGCCAACGAUUACAAUUUUGGCGCGUAAUGACCGGGCGGCCGCGGCUGUCGCUUUUUCUUGUCGACAAUUAAAACUUUUGAAGGCAUUUGUUUAGCUCUUGCGGGGAAAUUUCUUCAAAAGGAGUUGUGUUGUGAAUUCUUUUUAUAUUUAAAAUCAUUCUAUAAAGAAAGAUUAUUAAAUUUAGUUUUAAGCUUAUUUAUGAACAAGUCAACUAAAUAAAGUAACGCAAGACUUAAACUUAAUUUGCAUUUGUAAACAAAAAACUUUUUCACCGGUAAUAUCGAUAAAUUCGUGUCAAAAAGACACAGCUUUACCUGUUAAAACUUCCAAUCCGAACUUCGUCACCUUCGUGUAUUUCGGAAACAGCUUGCUUGACUAGUUGUGAAAUUUCUUUGUUUGUUUACGGCAGCAGGCCGGGAAGGCAUUUUGCUCGCAACUUACGCGAGGUUGGCGUCGCACGCACGGAGGAACUGGAGCUGAAUCAGUGAAUAGUGCAGGAUAUUCACUGAUUGAGUAGCCAAUCAGAGCGCGCGAAAAACACCAUCCACUGUUUUAGUAUAUACUAAAUUAAAUUAUCCGGUCAGGUUUAAAUCUUAUAAGAAUCGAUUUUGAAAUACAUUUUAAAACAAAAGUCAAUGAUAAAAAAGAAGCUUGUCUUCAUGUCAUCGUUAUCAAAGAGAGUAAAUACUUCCACGAAUCAUGUUAAUUUCAUAUCUUUUGUUAAUGAUGACAUGAAACCAUCGAAACGUCAAGUUACUUUUUUAUCGUUGAUUUGAGGUUUAAAUCACAACAUCAAUAAACAAAAUCUUGCAAAAUUUGGUUUCGCCCUCUCCUUACAAAACCCAUUAAGGGGCCACUCCACAGGAGAGGACGCCUCUGGUGCCAGCCUAAUUUUACUGAAUUAUCUUUAAAGUUCUCUAACUAUGUACUGCGGACUCUUUUUAAUGACGCAAAGUGUCGCUUAAGAACUACCCCCCGGUUCACAGUAAUCAGACGGAUAAAAAGGAAAAAUUUUCCAUUGUAAAAAGCUAAUGUUGUAGUCACAUCCAUGAACAUUCAUGACCAAAAUUAAGCUAAAUGAAACACAGAAUCAAGUGGUUCAGCCAUAGAGAGGUUGAAAAAAAAUGUAUCAGAUACAUGUGUGAUACCAUCUGUCAUUUGUAUUUUAUGGACUUCAAGUAGGUUUCAGGCUCUGUCAUGAUUUGAUAGAUCUGAAUUCAGUUACCAUUCUAGUUUGCAUAAAUCUCUUUUCGGGACAAAAACCCUGCUCUUUUCUACCAACACUUAGGGAUUCCAGUUUAGGGAGAGCUCCCUUUCUGCUCAUCAUGGAAGUUUGUUACACUUCUAAAACUGCCUAAUUUUCUACAAUAAUUUUCUCCUCCUCCACUAAUUUCAAAGUUACUACAGUGUCAUUACUGUACUCAGCAAGACAACAAAUGGAUGUGUGGCUCAUGACACAUUUUAGGAACAUUGAAAAAUUUAUACAAAUACAGCAAAUUUUAAAAAUACAGUAAUGCAUGGAUUGUCUAGGGAUGUUUGUAUGUCAAGCCGGACUUGCAUUCACUAUUUUAAACUGAAGUCCGGAUCAUUGAAUAUUCCUAAAAGUUAAUUUUUUAUGAGCGCCUUUAGUAAGGUCAGUAAGAAUUGUAAAAAAUGUCGUCAUUAUUUCACAGUCGAUGGUUGUCAGUUUGGAUCUUCAAGUAAAGCCUUUAUCUACUCACUGACCAAUAACAAAGGUUCUGGACACGCUGUGUACAAUCCUGUUAAGCUGCCAGUCAAGUCAGAUAAGUACGAUGAAGCUGUAUACAGGUGUGAUUUAAAAGGACCAACAUUUGGCUGGAGUGAUAUUUACAUAUCAAACAACGCUGCUAGUAAGCAGGAUUCUGUUACUUAUUGUGGCAGGAGAUACCCCCUCCCCCCAGGGUAUUCUUUAUCUGGUUUUAACUGUAAAUUCUAUGCUGGAAGCUUCUACUUCACACCAACAGAUAUCGAAGUAUUCUAUGAAACUACCACUUAA